UCACUCUUCUCCCAUUGGGCUAUGGCGCCUCUGAGCCAGCUGAGUGGCCACAUCAACUCCACCUGUGGGGCAGAGAACUCCACGGGGGCCAGCCGAGCCCGCCCACAUGCCUACUAUGCCCUCUCCUACUGCGUGCUCAUCCUGGCCAUCGUCUUCGGCAAUGGUCUGGUAUGUGUGGCAGUGCUGAGGGAACGGGCUUUGCAAACCACCACCAACUACCUGGUGGUGAGCCUGGCCGUGGCGGACCUGCUGGUGGCCACCUUGGUGAUGCCCUGGGUGGUGUACCUGGAGGUAACAGGUGGAGUCUGGACUUUCAGCCGAAUUUGUUGUGAUGUUUUCGUCACCCUGGAUGUCAUGAUGUGUACAGCCAGCAUCCUGAACCUCUGCGCCAUCAGCAUUGACAGGUACACUGCAGUGGUCAUGCCAGUCCACUACCAACAUGGCACAGGACAGAACUCCUGUCGGCGUGUGGCCCUCAUGAUUACAGCCGUGUGGGUACUAGCCUUUGCCGUGUCUUGCCCUCUCCUCUUUGGCUUCAACACCACAGGAGACCCCACCGUCUGCUCCAUCUCCAACCCUGAUUUUGUCAUCUACUCUUCAGUGGUGUCCUUCUACCUGCCGUUUGGAGUGACGGUCCUUGUCUAUGCCAGGAUCUAUGUGGUGUUGAGACAGAGGAGACGGAAACGGAUCCUCACUCGACAGAACAGUCAGUGCAUCAGUGUCAGACCUAGCUUCCCACAACAAUCUUCCUGUCUGAGGCUGCAUCCCAUUCGGCAGUUUUCAAUAAGGGACAGAUUUCCAUCAGAUGCCACGGGGCAAAUGGAACAUUCAGAAGGUAAACAGUGUCCCCAGGAGUCUCAGGACCCUCUCUUGUCCCACCUGCAGCCACUAUCCCCUGGCCGGGCACACCUGGAGCUGAAGCGCUACUACAGCAUCUGCCAAGAUACUGCCUUGGGGCAACCAGGCUUCCAAGAAGCAGAAGGAGAGUUGAAAAGGGAGGGGAGGACUCAGAACUCCCUCAGCCCCACCAUGGCACCCAAGCUCAGCUUAGAGGUUCGAAAACUCAGUAACGGCAGGUUGUCGACAUCUCUAAAGUUGGGGCCCUUGCAAUCCCGCGGAGUGCCACUUCGGGAGAAAAAGGCAACCCAGAUGUUGGCCAUUGUGCUUGGGACCUUCAUUGUCUGCUGGCUGCCCUUCUUUUUGACCCACGUUCUCAAUACCCACUGCCAAGUCUGCCAUGUGUCCCCAGAGCUUUACAGCGCCACCACGUGGCUGGGCUACGUGAACAGUGCCCUCAACCCUGUGAUCUAUACCACCUUCAAUGUUGAGUUCCGUAAAGCUUUCCUCAAGAUCCUGUCUUGCUGAAGGAGAGGAGAACAUACUCGCUGUGGCCACCUUUAGCUACCAGGCCACUGGGCAACUGGCCAGGACCUGCUGAGAAAGACUGUGCUAUGUUCUCUGGCAUGGGGUAGGAAGAUUCCUGGAGCCAGGACAUCCCUGAGUAGCAGGUGUAACCAACUGCUUCUUCCUAAACAGAAUGUUCUACCUCCCCAGCUAAAACUCUGACUUCAUCCUGUAAAUCUUCAAGUGCUUGGGAGGUCCCUGAAUGAUAAGCAAUAAUUCAGAGAGAAGCUGAUAAAACGUGACUCGACUCUACACACACACACACACACACACA